UAGGGCGUUGUAGAGACUUCGUCAUUCAUUCGCGGAGGAAAGUCUUGGGUUUCUUAAAGACGCAGCGAGUCACGCACAUCCUUAGAAAAAAAAAGAAAAAGAAAUUGUUUUGACCUCGUUCGGGUUUGAGGGGAACAAGAUUCCAAAUGCGCGCCUGCAGAGAGAGGGGCCGUGCGUAAAAAGACCUCCAGGCUCUUAGAAAGAUCUGCGUCGGACUUUUCAAGAGUUGGGUUGUUUUCUGUUUUUAUAAUCGUUCACGUGGAGGAGCUGAGCUCGCGCACUAGCAGGGGGUAUUUGAGCAUCGUUGGCUUCUUAUCCGAUUGAUUAGUGUUUGUUUGUUUUGUUGUUGUUGUUGGAGACAUGGCAAAGUUAUUCCGUGCAGCCAUCAUGGGUCCACCGGGAUCAGGAAAAGGCACGAUAUCCGAGAGGAUCGCGCACAGCUUUGGCCUGCAGUACUUGUCCAGUGGGCGCUUUAUACGCGAGGGCAUAGCAGCCAAAACAGAGGCAGGGCUGCUGGUGAGGAGCUACGUGGAGAGAGGCAUGCUGGUUCCUGACCCUGUGGUGAUCAGGCUGGUACUGCCCAAACUGGAGCAGCUGAGCAACCACAGCUGGCUGCUGGACGGUUUCCCCCGCACGCUGGCCCAGGCUCAGGCCCUGAACAACCUGUGUCAGCUGGACCUAGUCAUCAGCCUCAACAUCCCCUAUGAGACUCUGAGGGAGAGACUGAGUGAUCGCUGGAUCCAUCCGUCCAGUGGCAGAGUUUACAACAUGAGCUUCAACCCGCCUCAAGUUCAGGGUAAAGACGACGUCACCGGGGAGCCGCUGAUUCAGCACGACGACGACAAACCUGAGGCUCUGAUGGCGAGACUGAGACAUUACAAGGACGUGGCAAAGCCUGUGAUAGACUUGUACAAGUCGCAAGGAAUCCUGCACUCGUUUUCUGGUACAGAGACGGAUAGGAUUUGGCCUUACAUCAAUUCUCUUCUCAGCGCCAAGCUGCACACGCAGCCGUCCGACAGCCGGCAAACACAAACGCCCUGACACGGACCUGAGCGAAAAAACUACAGGGAAGAUGGUGGAAGUGGUAUUUUUUUUCCCCUAACAUGACGAAUUGAUGUUCCAAAAGCUGCACUAAGACACCAAUCAAGAGUUUGCUGAUUUUUCAGAUUAYUGGCUUUUGUUGAUAUUUUUAGAGCUUUGUGCUUAUGAUUGUAAAAAAAAAAAUACGUUUUUUAAAGUGAGACAAUCAAAGACUUUCAAGGCCUUUUUUCUUUUUUUUACAUUUUAGAUUUAACUUUUUUUUUCACUUGUUGAACUGUACACAUUGUCCACAGGAUUUCUUCAAAGGCUUUACUGAUAUUUCACUGGAAACCAAAAAUAGAAAAGUUGAUGGAACAUGUAAGACCAA